GAGUCGUUGACCUUCAACGCCUUUGUGGAGUGUCUUUGCCGGCUUUGCUUCUGCCACCUGAACAUCUACGGGACCAGUUUGCAGCAGCUGGCACCCUCCAAGCAGAAGAUGCUCUGGAUGUUAGCCAUGAUGGAAGCCCGCCUGCCACCAGAGCUGGGGGGGCGCUUUUCGGACGACGGAGACCUCAUAGAUGCUUCGGACUCCCCAAGGGGUCCAGACUCACUGUGGCUUCGCAGAGAUGCAUCUUUCAAUAUUUCGACUUGCCCUCAGGAAGACAUCGUGUUCUUCAAGACAAUGGGCCUGACAAAGCUAGAAACCAAACUGGGCUGGGAGAGGCUGAUGAGCUGUGAUGUAGACGAUGAGCCAAGCUCAGGCUAUAGCCCGUUUCGACGAUGA